UUGAAAGCUGUAGCUGACAUCGUCAUACCACUGCUUGCGGAUCCAAAGCGACGUGUCAGAUUAGCAGCGUUUGAACUGUUCGCCGUGCUUGCUCAAUUGUUCAACGGGUCCACUGAAAGUUUGCUGAAAUCGGUCGCGGACUUUGAACAAAAACAUCGGGCGUAUGGCCUUUUUAGUGCCGUCAAAAUACGAAUAUUACGAAAAACGCUACCAAGAAUACGUUCAGAUGGUUUGAUUGAGUACGCUAUUCCGCUUGGCUUAGACGUUUCACUGAACAGAGGAUGGACAUCACUGAAAACUGAUAAUUUAGAUUAUGACUGGAUUAUGUCUGGUAGCUGUGGAUCCAGCAGUGCGCUUUCCAGGCAACCAUCUUUACUUUUUAUGCAUUUUUGCUGCGCAGCGCUAUGGCAGCGCUAUAGCGCUGCUACAGCCAGCAAAAACGUUUACUGUCGAGAGGCUGUCUGUGUGUGUGUGUCUGUGUAUUCGGAAGCGACUUUUAUCUCAGCAAGCAGGAAAGCUGGAAGGCUGAAUCUUUGGGUAUAUGUUCCUACUCCAUGUGCUAUCCUCUCGUUUGAAGAACUUUCCCUGGCGCCGCCUGGCUCUGUAGGGGUAAUUUGGGUAUUGGUCGUAGCACGAUAGGC